AGGAUGAGAAACGCAGGAAAAGGGAAAAUCAGAUGCACCUCGAACGCUUACGGGCACUCCUCAUCAUAACUUUCAUAGUGCUGAUGUUUCGAUUCACCGUCAGCGAGAACAGAGAAGGGACCAACAUUUCCUGGAACUACUUUGUGAGCGAGAUGCUGUCAAAGGGGGAGGUUCAGAGAAUCGAGGUGGUGCCAGAGAGCGAUAUCGUGGAAAUUUAUCUGCAUCCCGGAGGCACUCCGCAUGGACAAGUUAACGUUACCCUCCUGUACACGAUGCGGGUGGCAAACAUUGACAAAUUCGAAGAGAAGCUGAGAGCUGCGGAGGAUGAGCUGAAUAUUGAUGAGAGAGAGAGAAUCCCCGUUUCCUACAAACAUCCUGGCUUUUAUGGAAAUGACAUCAUUUCCCUGAUCGUGACCCUUGUGGCUGUGUCCAUGUUGUGGAGCAUCUUCCGCCUUAUCCGGGUCGCGGGCCGGGUUGGAGGAUUCAACGCCUUUAACCAGCUGAAAAUGGCUCGUUUCACCGUUGUGGAUGGGAAAUCUGGAAAAGGCAUCGGCUUCAAGGAUGUAGCGGGAAUGCAUGAAGCGAAAAUGGAAGUCAAAGAAUUUGUGGACUAUUUAAAGAAUCCUGAUCGCUACCUUCAGCUCGGGGCUAAAGUGCCCAAGGGUGCCUUGUUACUGGGACCGCCGGGCUGUGGGAAGACGUUGCUGGCGAAGGCCGUGGCUACGGAAGCACAAGUGCCAUUUUUGGCCAUGGCGGGUUCAGAGUUUGUGGAGGUGAUAGGAGGUCUUGGAGCUGCCCGAGUUCGGAGCCUCUUCCGAGAAGCCCAGGCUCGUGCACCCUGCAUCGUGUACAUCGAUGAAAUCGAUGCAGUGGGCAAGAAGCGCUCAACCAAUAUAUCUGGUUUUGCCAACGCUGAGGAGGAGCAGACCUUAAACCAGCUGCUGGUGGAAAUGGACGGAAUGGGGACCACGGAUCAUGUUAUAGUGCUGGCUUCCACAAACCGGGCUGAUGUCUUGGAUAAUGCUUUGAUGAGACCGGGGAGGCUCGACAGGCACAUUUUUAUUGACCUUCCAACACUCCAGGAGAGAAGAGAGAUCUUUGAGCAGCACCUGAAAGGUCUCAAACUGAUCCAAGACGCCAGCUUCUACUCGCAGCGCCUCGCUGAACUGACUCCGGGCUUCAGCGGAGCCGACAUAGCCAAUAUAUGUAACGAAGCCGCUCUUCAUGCCGCUAGAGAAGGCCACAAAUCCAUCGAUACUUCCAACUUCGAGUACGCUGUGGAAAGAGUCAUUGCAGGCAGUGCCAAAAGAAGUAAGAUCUUGUCGCCAGAAGAGAGGAAGGUCGUGGCGUUCCACGAGUCGGGCCACGCGUUGGUGGGCUGGCUGCUGGAGCACACCGAGGCGGUGAUGAAGGUUUCCAUCGCCCCUCGAACGAACGCAGCUCUCGGAUUCGCUCAGAUCCUUCCGAGAGAGCAGUACCUCUUCACCAAGGAGCAGCUGAUGGAGAGGAUGUGUAUGGCGCUGGGGGGGAGAGUGUCUGAGGCCAUCACCUUCAACAAGGUCACAACAGGAGCACAGGAUGACCUGAAGAAGGUGACCAAGAUAGCCUACUCCAUGGUGAAACAGUACGGGAUGGUGCCCAGCAUCGGGCAGGUCUCCUUCCCGGACCUGGAGAGCGCAGCUGGAAUUGGUCGGCGCCCUUUCAGCCAGGGACUUCAGCAGAUGAUGGACCAUGAAGCAAAAGUCCUGGUGGCUCAGGCUUACAGACGCACAGAAAAAAUCCUACUGGAGAACCGUGACAAGCUGCAAGCACUGUCUAAUGCCCUCCUGGAGAAAGAAGUAAUAAAUUAUGAUGACAUUGAAGCUUUGAUUGGUCCUCCGCCCUACGGGCCAAAGAAAAUGAUAGCUCCUCAGAGCUGGCUUCAAGCAGAGAGAGACAAGCAGGACACGAGAGAUGAAGAAAUGCCCCAGCAGCCACCAAACCACGAGGAGGAGGAGGAACCACGCCUGAGACCAGUAUGAAGCCCAUUCCUUAUGUGGAACAGGAGGACUCCAGAGGUUUAUUCUGUACACGGGAGGACUCUAGAGGUUUCUUUUGGACACAGACCCUUUCCAUUUUCAGCUCCAGAAUCAAAGAUAACUGAGCAGGGAAUCUCUGUGCUGCUGUUACC